ACAGAAAGCUCAGCCCUUUGAGGCUCAAUGGAAAUACCAGUCAGAAAUAACAGGGAGUUUGAAGUCCCCAUCGUACCAACCAGCACACUGGGAAGAAACCGACAACAAGAGCAACUCACAUCUUCAGCAGACAACACAACCAGCAGACAUGGACUUCAACGGCACCUGGAAAGUUUAUUCUGAAGAAAACCCUGAAGAAUUUCUCAAAGUAAUAGGUGCACCUGAGAUGAUGGUGAAAAUGCGUAAGGAGAUGAAACCGGUGAUUGCAAUCGAGCAGAAUGGGAAAGACUUCACUGUCACGAUAAAAACUCCCGUCUGCACCAGAGUCCACUCAUUCACCAUCGGAAAGGAGACGGAGUUCACCACUAUGGAUGGAAGAAAGUUUAAGUGCACCGUCAGAGAGGAAAACGGGAAGCUGAUUUCUGAGACUGAGAAAUUCACAUCCGUCCGAGAGAUCCAAGGAGACGACAUGGUUGAGACGAUCACUGCAGGUUCUGUAACGUUCACCAGCAGAAGCAAGCGAGUGUGAUCAGCAGCCUGCAGCUUGUGGAUUCUUCUCUGACAGCCUCAGCCAAAAGCAAUAGGUCACAUGGAAAUCACAGGAUGAUUAAGCUAAAAGGGUACAUAAAUAAACAUAUAAUAAAAUAAAUGAGCAUGUGUUUGUUUUUAUCACAGAUGGGAACAGACGGUGUGAGGCUUGGUGCUUAUGUGGAAAUAUCAGUUAAACCAUAAGGGACUAGAUAGGAAAACAGUUUGAUGUCAUAAACAAGCUGGAACA